CUUUGAAAUUGAAACUGAACGGAACGCAACGCGAUGCAGCUGCUCCACAUUUGCCUUGUGGGCCACCUACUGAUUGCCAUGGCCUGGUCAGCGCCCACCACCGGGAAUGCUACCCUAGGUCAGGAGGACCUCAACUCGAAUACCACAUACAUAAGGGAAUUGCUACGUCAGUCUAAGGUCGCUGAAAUGAAGAGUUUUAUGAACCCCAAGGUUGAUCCGUGCCACGACUUCUACGAGUUUUCUUGCGGCAACUACGACCACAUCAAUUCGGCGUUCCGCAUGGAAGUGCUCACCACCGGAGUUUUUGAGACGGUGACCAAGGGGCUUAAUCGCAAUAUCGUGAAAAUGCUUAACGAGGGACACGAUAGCCACGACACGCCGGAGGACAUACAGGUGAAGCAUUUUUACGAGUCAUGUAAGAGACUGAAGGAUCUCUCCGCCCAAUAUCCCGACAAGCUGAGAAGGCUGAUCGCCGAGUUCGGAUCAAUGCCUGUGCUCGAGGGCUCCAGCUGGAAAGAGUCAGACUUUGACUGGCUUGGCACGGUCGCCCGCAUGUCCAACCGCUACGGAAUAGCUCCCAUUUUGGGUGCCGAGGUGAGCAAGGACUUUGCCAGCAACCAGAGAAACCGCGUCUACUUGGGUCAACAGGAGUUCCCGCUCGAGUCGCGGGCCAUGUACGAGGGCAACGCUACGCAGGUCUACCGCGAAAAGUAUCGCGGCACAAUCCAACGCUACCUGCAGCGAUUCCUGCAAGUGUCGAAGGAGCUGGCCAAGCCGACAGCGCAGGAGCUAAUCGACUUCGAGGUGGAUCUGGCCAUGGGGCUCGUGGACGAGAGCGAGGGUUUGGAUCUUAAUGAGUUGACAACGUUGCUGACGGUGGAGGAGAUGCACAAGCUGUAUGCGCCAACUCUGGACAUUAAUCGCCUGGUCUUUGUGACCCUAGGGGAACGGGUCACCGAUCAGAUCUACGAAUUCAACUCUCGCUAUAUGAAAAACCUGGUCGAGGUAAUGCAGCGCACUCCCCUCCGGACGGUGGCCAACUACGUGUUCUUCCGCCUUAUCUAUGAGUUUGUGGAAUCGCCGUCGAGCAACCCGGAGAAGCGAAAGCAGGAAUGUGUGGAUUUGACAAAGAAAUUCUUUGCCAAGAAUCUGGACAAUAUGUUCUACAGGCGCCACAACAACGAGAAGUCCUCCGCUGAGAUCGAUAAUAUGUGGCGUCAGCUAAAGGCCACUUUUAACGAGUCCCUCAGAUCCAAUCCGCAUCUCAACUGGAUCUCGCGUCCCACCAGGAAUCUGGCCAUAGCCAAGCUGCAGGCCAUGAAAUUGGAGGUGAACAACUAUGCCGAUGUGAACUUUACCGAGGAGUUCGCUGGUCUGAAUCUGCAGAGCGGCGAUUACGUGGAGAACGUGCGACAGACGCUAGCGCAGAGCGCCAAGGAAAUGCGAGAGUUGCUCCACAAGCCGGCUAAGCCCCUGGAGGCUGGUAGUCAGCUUAGUUACACGCCGGCCAACAUCCUGGUGGAAAACGUCAUCAAGGUGCCAGUGGCCCUGCUGCAGCCGUUCUACAUUUGGGCGGAUGCCUACCCCAAUGCGGUGAUGUUCGGCACACUCGCCUCGCUGAUUGGCCACGAGCUGAUCCACGGAUUCGAUGAUGGCGGCCGAAAGUUCGAUGCCCAAGGCAACUCCCACGACUGGUGGGACGAAAGGUCCAGCCUCAACUUCCUAGACCGCCGCCAUUGCUUCACGCAGCAGUACGGCAAGUAUAUUUACGACGGCAUACAGCUCAAGGAGUCCACCUCGCAGUCGGAAAACAUUGCGGACAAUGCGGGCGUGCGCCUAGCCUACACCGCCUACCGGGAGUGGUACGAUAUCCAGUUGACGAAGCCGGGUGGCAGCAAAGCAUUGGCCAUGGAGCAACUACCCACCCUGAACUACACCGGCAAGCAGCUGUUCUUCAUUAGCUUCGCACAGGUCUGGUGCAACGACGCCCAUCCGAACAUCAAGGCCCUGCAGGUGUCCACCGACCAGCACAUGCCUGGCAAGUUCCGUGUCAUUGGCUCCCUAUCGAACUUUGAAGAGUUCUCCAGGGAGUUUAACUGUGCCGACGGAUCCCCCAUGAAUCCUCAGGAUAAGUGUUUCCUCUACUAGAAGAUGAUUCAAAUUCAAAAAAUAUUUAAGAUUGUCUUACUGAACUCUAAAAGAAAUAAUUUGAAAUAAAAUGAUUAUUUAA